UUGUCUUCAAGAAAAUAACAAAUUCAAGCCAAAAUGGAUGACUCUUACCAAAACAAUAUAAACCAGCAGGGAGAAACGUAUCCCACAUAUGGAGGAGGAGAGUACACUUACCCCUAUCAGACAGACUACCCUCCUCAGGAGGAGGAAGAUGCUGCUAGUGAUGACACAGAGGGGCAUGAUGAAGAUGAGCAGAUGUACGAGGGCGAGUACCAAGGCAUCCCUCAUCCGGACGAGGUCAAGGAGGCACGGAGAGCCGCCCGAAGGGAGGCCCGCAUGAAGGCCAGGAUGGCAGCUGAGGUCGAGGAGGAAACGUUGCCUGAGCAAUACGAGUCCAUCAUGGAAGACUGCGGUCACGGCCGCUUCCAGUGGACCCUCUUCACGGUGCUGGGUCUGGCCCUGAUGGCUGAUGGGGUGGAGUGCUUCGUAGUGAGUUUCGCCCUGCCCAGUGCUGAGAAGGACAUGUGCCUGUCGAAUGCUGACAAGGGCAUGCUGGGUUUAAUAGUGUACGUGGGGAUGAUGAUCGGAGCUGUCCUGUGGGGCGGUCUGGCUGAUAAACUGGGCAGACGACAGUGUUUACUCUACGCACUGGCCAUCAACUCCAUCUUCUCCUUCCUGUCCUGUUUUGCACAGGGCUACGGGAUCUUCAUCUUCUUCAGACUCUGCUCAGGAAUCGGGAUCGGCGGGUCAAUCCCUGUUGUGUACACGUACUACGCAGAGUUCCUGCAGAUGGAUAAGAGAGGAGAACAUCUCAGCUGGCUGUGUUUGUUCUGGAUGCUCGGAGGACUGUAUGCUUCCUUCACCGCAUGGGGAAUCAUCCCACAUUAUGUUUUGGAAUUUCAGACUGCAAGACACGAUGAGGCCUGGAUGAUCCUGAAGCAGGUUCACGACACUAACUGGAGGGCGAAGGGAGAGCCAGAGAGAGCGUUUCAAGUUUCACAGAUCAAAACGCCUCAAACGCAGGAUGACGAGUUCAUAGAGAUUCAGAGUGAAACUGGCACUGCCUUCCAGAGAUUCAUGGUCAGACAGAUGACCCUGGUUAAACAGGUCAUGAAGAACAUGAUGUCGCUGGCCGCACCUGAUCUCAGACUCCAUGGUUUGUUCAUUGCUAUUGUGUGGUUUACGAUGGCCUUCAGCUAUUAUGGCCUGGGAGCGUGGUUUCCUGACCAGAUCAAGUACCUCCAGUUUGAGGAGUACGAGUCCAAUGUCAAGAUCUUUCAUCGUGAGAAAGUGGAACGCUUUCAUUUCAACUUCACUCUGCAAAAUCAGGUCCACAAGGAGGGGGAGUAUAUCCAUGACAGGUUUAUCAACAUAGAAAUAAGAAACGUGAAGUUUGAGGAAUCACUCUUUGAGAACUGUUAUUUUGAGGACAUCAGAUCAACAGACACCUUCUUUGAGAACUGCACCCUUAAAAACACAGUCUUCUACAAUACUGACCUGUGGGAAGAUUCCAAGUUCAUUAACUGUAAGCUGGAAAAUACAACAUUUCUGCACCCCAAAAAGGGCUGUCAUCUAAAUAUCCAAGAGGAAAAUGACACCCUGAUCUAUCUGGUCAGCUUCCUGGGCAGUUUGUCUGUAUUACCGGGCAACAUCAUAGCAGGCCUAUUAAUGGAUAAAAUAGGACGACUUAAAAUUAUAGGGGGGUCCAUGUUAGGCUCGGCUGGCUGCACAUUCUUCGUGCUCCUGUGCUUCAGUCAGUGGGCUGUCGUCCUCUUCCACUGCCUCUUCUUCGCAGCCAGUGCUGCAGCUUGGAACGGCAUUGAGGUCGUCACAGUGGAGCUCUAUCCAACCUCGAAAAGAGCCACAGCUUUCGGUGUGCUGAAUGGCACAUGUAAACUGGCAGCUAUCAUUAGCACUUUCAUCUUUGGCAAGUUUAUCGGCAUCACCAAGAUCAUCCCCAUCAUCCUGUCCUUCUCAGCGCUAGUGUGCGGAGGACUGCUAGCGUUUAAGUUGCGUGAGACACGAGAGGUCAUUCUUCAGUGAAAAAGCCAAACUCCUCAAGGCCUCAGCGUUGGGUCCAGCUGGACACUGGAUGACCACAUGUUGGACUGCAGAACACUGCCAGCUAAAGGGCUGAAUCAUGUCAAGCUGAUAUGGUGUCAUGUUAGAACCAUUGUACCGUAGUAUUACUUUCA